AUGUCGUCCACUUCAAAGUCAUCACCGUACCAAUUACGUGAAAAGAGAAAGAUAUCCUACAAUGAAUUCAGGGAUUGCUCACAAAACGAUGAUGAGGAUGAAGAGGAACAAAUUGAUGAACAAAAUGAUGAUGAAAUUGAUGAAAUUGAUGAAAUUGAAGAAGAAAAUGAUGAACAAGAGGAGCAAAAUCUUGAACCGAGCUUGAAAAGACAAAAGGAAACUGCUUCCGAAAUUGCAGUGGCUACAUCACAUCAAGCUGAUCAUCAAGGAGAUUUAGCAAAAAACACAACUUUGAAUGAAAAAUCGAGUCGUGAUGGUGGUGAGCAACAAUUAUUCAAAUCAUUGGUAGAUAAUACUUCAACCAUUCAACAUGGCACAACAACAGUUCCACCAACAUCAUCAUUCUCAUCACCACCAAAUUGUAAAAUGAUGGAAAAUGAUUCGGGUGUGGAAUUGUCAAUGAAUAAGCGAUGGGAAAUGGUAAAAACAUUGCUGACCUCAAUUCAAAGUGAUUGUGAACAACAAGAGGAGAUGGUUUCGGAUGUCAUGCAAAGAGCAACCUUCACAGAAGAAGAAAUCAAGACAUUGGAUUAUGAAAAAUUGAAGAAAUUGAGAAAAAUCUUGCAAGAUUCUGUUAAUUUGGUCAUUGAUGCCUUAAUAGAGAAAAAAUAG